GCCCUUCAAUUGUCCGGUUCCCGGUUGUGGUAAAUCAUAUAGACGUCUCGAUCAUCUGCAAAGUCACGCUGUUGUGCACGGACAAGACUCAAAGCCGUUCAAGUGUCGGAUUCCGACAUGCAGGUCAAGUUUCUCGGUGAAGCACCAUCUUUCCAGACAUCUUAAACAAAUACACCAAGUUGAGAGACCUUAUAAAUGUCACGAAGAAGGCUGUGACUUAUCAUUCGCCCGGGAGCAUUUACUAAGAAACCACGCGACCGUACACACGGGAAAGAAGCCAUAUUCCUGUGAGAGGUCUGGGUGUGAUAAAAGUUUCUCGACGUCCACCAAAUUGAGGAUUCAUAGUCGUGUCCAUUUCGGUAUUGUAUCUAUCUACCAUAUUCUUCAUUCUCACCUAAUGCAAGAGUAUAUUGGAUUAAGUUUUGCGAGUAGAUCAAAAUCGUUGGCGCCAAUCUGUGAGAUAUGUGAAAAACAAGUGAAAGACAUGAAAUCUUUGCGCAGACAUAUGCAAACUCAUAACUCUGAUCGCAUAAUGUUCCCUUGCGAAUGGGAAGGUUGCGACAAGUACUAUUAUGAUAGAAAGGCAGUGUACAAACAUGUCCGAGCUGUACACGAAAACAUACGACCGUUUUCUUGCAGUGAAACCGGGUGCGGAAUGUCAUUUACCUACAAACACGUUCUCAACAAUCAUGUCAAGUCUUUGCACACG